CGAUUUCUAAACCUUGUAUUUCGUUUAAAACUUAGACUCAGCUUACAGCAUUUCUCAGAUGAGAGUUGCAAUUUCCGAACUGACAUGCUUUCAAGAACAUCAUUUGAGAUUGUGGAUCGAACACAAUUAUGUAGUGAGUUUCAGCUUGGUGCACGCUCGUCUUCACAUGAUCCAUUACUUGCGGAUUCGAAGAUUGGAACGAUGAAUAGCGAAUACAGCAGUAAACAUGGCAUAUCGACCAUUCCUAAGGGCGACUGUGCCCACUGCGACAAACCAAUCAUCGGGCAGGUCGUUAUUGCGUUGGGAAAAAUGUGGCACCCAGAACAUUACACGUGCUGUGAAUGUGGGCUGGAGCUUGGACACAGAAACUUCUUUGAAAGGAAUGGUCGUGCGUUUUGUGAAGAGGACUACCAUAAUCUAUUUAGUCCAAGAUGUUCAAGUUGCAACGGGCCGAUAAAAGAUCGCUGUGUUACGGCUCUCAAUAGGAACUACCAUGUACAAUGCUUCACAUGCUCGGAGUGUGGACGAGAAUUUGGUGAUGAAGGAUUCCAUGAGAAAGAUGGGAACACAUAUUGUCGUCGUGACUUCUUUCGUCUUUUUGCACCAAGAUGCAAGGGUUGUGAGAAUCCGAUCGCCAAUAACUUUGUCACUGCUCUGGGUACGCACUGGCAUCCAGAAUGCUUUGUUUGCCAGAUGUGUGGCAGUUCGUUUGCUGGCGGCACAUUCUUCGAUGAUGGCGGUCAACCUCUCUGCGAAACCCAUUAUCACGAGCGACAUGGUUCCCUUUGUCACGAAUGUCGUGCACCAAUCUCCGGGCGUUGUGUAACCGCUAUUGGUAGAAAGUUCCAUCCAGAACAUUUCCGAUGCUCGUAUUGUAAUAGACAACUUACAAAAGGGACAUUUAAAGAAGUAGAUAGACGACCAUUUUGUAGCAAAUGUUAUAAUAAUACGUAUGCACUAACAUAA